UACAUGCACAUGGCCCAUUGGCCGUCCUGAGGCGGGUCAGUCUGCUGAAUAGGAUGGGUAUUUUUCUCCUGUGGUCCUUGUUCCUCCUUGGUCUUCUCACUGGACCAGGGGCUUCCAGAGCCCCCAUGGUGGUAACUGGGACCCUGGGGGGCUCUGUCACUCUGCCCCUGAAGCUGCAGGAUGGACAGCAGGUGGAAAGCAUCUCCCGGGUAUGUCGCUCAGUCCCUGGGGCAAUAGCCACGGUGACCUUGGUGGAAGGUGGAGGACCAGACACCUUUCACCAGGCAGAAUCACGGUACUGGGGUCGUUUGAGUGUGGUGGGCCCAGAACGCUCCCUGCAGAUCAGCCACCUGAGUUGGGCAGACGCGGGGUCCUACCGAGUCCACGUUAAUCUUCGGAGCUCCCGCGUCACCCACACCAGGGAGUAUAGCCUGCAUGUCUACGAGCGGCUGGCCCAGCCCCGUGUCACAGUGAGCACCAGGAUUAGUGGGAACGGACACUGUCUCAUCAUCCUGACGUGCGUGGCAGAAAGCAGAGGAGGCGCUGUGACCUACAGCUGGACACCUCUGGGACCCCAGACUGCUGUGUCCCAUGGAGGGUCUGUCCUCAGUGUCACCUUGAGGCCUUGGGACAGCACUCUGAACUUUACCUGCAUGGUCAAGAACCCAGUCAGUAACAGUAGCUCCCUUCCCAUCUUGGUGCCGCCUUCAUGCACAGGGCCAGGGAUCCUGAGUGGUGAGGAAUCAGUAGGGGAGACAGUGAUCGGCACCCUAGGGAAGUCAGCCACUCUGCCCCUGGAUGUCCCAGUGGGGCAAGAGGUAGAAAAGGUUACCUGGAGCUCUCGAGGACUUGUUGCUAUUUUGCGACCAGGACCAGCAGGGGAACCAAUCCUGGUUGCUGGGACUCAGGGACCCUACAAUCAUCGGCUGAGCAUCCCCCGCCACAACUACUCUCUUCAGAUCAGCUCCCUGAGGCUGCAGGACUCUGGCCCCUAUCAAGCCUGGAUAACUCUGCAUAGUCCCCCAAUUAACAUCACCAAGGAUUUCAUCCUGCAUGUCUAUGAGAGACUGCAGGAGCCCAAAAUCACAGUCAGCUCUCAGAUCAUGAAGGAUGGGACCUGCUUCAUCACCCUCAUCUGUUCACUGGACCAGCCUGGAGAGGAUGUUCAGUACAGCUGGGACCCCCGAGGCCAGGGGGCAAUUGUGUCACAUGGGGGAACCACUCUCAGUGUCUCCUGGCGAUUUGGGGUCAGUGACAACUAUCACUGUACAGUGAAGAACCCCAUCAGCCAGAGCUCCAGCUCCAUCCCCGUCAGGCCCCUCUGCUCAGGUUCCUUCCUACCCUGCAGCCUGAAGAAAGAGUUUCUUCUCUUUUUGAUCCUGGGAGCUUUGCAGAUUAAAUAGAUUUGAACUUGACAUGUGGAAAAGCCAAGAAUAGGAAGUGAAAAGAAGGUCACUCUGUGAAACACAGAUAAGGAAGUCUACACAGAGAAAGAAAGAGGAGUGUGACCUGAUACCUGAAUCUCAAGGUGUUAGAAACACUUGUGAUGAUUAAAGCAUGAAACCGGUUUUGUUUGCAAACUGAGUUCAAAGCAAUGAAGAAACAGCUACAUAUUUUCUGUUUAAAACCAUCCGCUUAUGUUUUGUUUAAUUGUGUUUUAAUAUGCUCAGAAAGAAAAGAGGCUUAUUCAAUUUAGGAAAAAAUGAAUGAUUUGAAAUAUAAUAUAUAAUGAUAAUAAAAUUGUUAAAUA